CACACUUUUUUUCGCGGGAGACGUUUCUUUCAUAUGCGUACCUUGGCCCCACCCCUAUUGUCCUCAAUUUCGCACUUUAAACAAUACCGCUAGUUUCAUUCGCACCAUUCUCACGCUUCUGACCUUGUUGGUAACACCGUUUCCAUUGCACACUACGUUAAUUCACUAUCCAAAAUGCCGAAAGUGAAGAGCACGAAAACUCCCUCUGCGCCCGGGCUCACUGGCGUAAGCAUUCCCGGACCGAGCCGUCCCUUGAUUCCGCGAUCACGCGGAGUUCAAGCAGCUCGGGACCCGAUGCGAGACGGCAGAUUUUGGAGACCGUCUUCUACGGCCGUGAAGCUGGACUUCACCCCGGUCUACAGACGGUGGUUGAGGGAAGGUCUUCCCGAGGGAUUCAGGCCUGACUACGGCAUGGGAAACUUGAAUGCCAAGAUAGAGGAGACCACUGGAAACGCCCUGAUGGUAUCCGGGCCACUGAUCGACUAUCACCUCACCGUAAUCGGGGAGGACGUCGCUAGACGGCUGCGGAGGAGUAACAGCACCGGCCUGGCUACCUUCCAUAAGGAAGUGGCACCAGCGCUGUUCUCGCACAUCAUGCUACUGAUGAGUCGGUACGGCGCUGAGGUGCACCACGUCGGCGGGUCCGGGAUGUACGGGACGGUGGAGGUCAGAGUGACCGACCUCUCCGUCCUGAACUCCAUCCUGAGCGGGGCGCGCAGUGACGGACGCAGCUACACAAGCAAGCUGCAUUUCGACACCGAGCGCACUCCUGGCAAGGAAGUGAUCGACCACUACCGUGGGAAGACGCUGGUGGUAGCCUCAGAUGCCAGACCCUUCCAGAUGACAUACAAGAGCAGGACGGGCAGACUGACUGUCAAAUUCUACAGGCAGAAGUACGACAGGAAUGGCCUGGCAGAGGACACCACGCUUUAAGCUAGCAUCCCGUUAUCAGUUUAGGUUGUAGCUUUACUAGUUAUGCUCACCAUUGCAGAAGGAAAAUUGUUGUUUUUGCUCGGUUUGUUCUUCUCCAUUUUAUAGCACCAUACAUAUGUGUGUGUUUGAGCAAGGACAUUAUACAUACAUGUGUGUAUAAUGUCCUUGGUUUGAGUAACAGAGCAGGGUCUCAGCAGACCUCGUGCUAAUGUAAACAUUAUGCAUUUUCCUUGCAAAUGUUACCUCUCUUGUUCUACGAAUGUAUUUGUACAAUAUUUAUAAGAAUAAAGUCACCCAACUCAAAUUGCAGCAUCUCUCCUUAC